UUUACACCCUUGCCUUAAAAGACUUCCCAAUUCUAAUCUCUCGUUCCUCUUAUACCCCUCUCCCGCUCUCUCUCCUCGCAGUCAAUUUCGAAGGCAAAGACAUCCGUAGCAGCGAUGCGCCCGUGAGCAGCCUCCGCUAAGCACCGACAAAAGUUACGAGUAGUCUUAUGGGAAAGGAGAAGCUGGUGGUGGAGGUGGUGGCAGCCCGCAAUCUGAUGCCCAAGGACGGGCAGGGCUCGUCGUCGCCGUACGUGGAGGUCGAGUUCGAGCAUCAGCGACGGCGGACACGCCCCAAGCACAAGAACCUCAACCCCGUCUGGAACGAGCACCUCCUAUUUGAUGUCUCCGACCCUGACGACCUUCCCUACCGUGCCAUCGACGUCGGCGUCUACAACGACCGCGGCGCCGAAGGACGCGGCGUAGGCGGCCGGAACUUCCUCGGUAAGGUCCGCAUCCCUGCUUCUGGAGUCCCCGCCCCUGGCGAGGAAGCUGUUCCCCAGCUCUUCCCCCUCGAGAGGCGCAGCCUCUUCUCCCACAUCCGCGGCGAGGUCAGCCUGAAGAUCUACCGGACCGCCAUCGACUCUGAACGAGCACUUACCAAGGCUGACGGCGGUGGGGGCAACAAGCAGCAGCAUGCUGUUGCUCCUCCGACAACCAAGCAGAUCCCCUCGGCGGUGGUCACGCCUCCGCCUCCAGGGAAGCAGACGCCGCUGCCAGCCCGGCUGCAGGAUCCCGCCCCGACCGACGUUAAGUCGGUAGUCCUCGCGGCCCCUGAGGAGGCGUACCCGAUGCCUGCCUCAUUUGGCUGCGGCAGAGGCGGUAGAACCCAGGACUUCACUCUGAAGGAGACCCGCCCCCUGCUGGGAGGCGACGGCGCCGACCGCGACAAGGCAAGCUCCACCUACGACCUGGUGGAGCAUAUGCAAUACCUGUACGUGCGCGUGGUCCGCGCGCGGGACCUCCAGACCGGCGGCUGCGAGGCGCAUGCGGAGGUCAAGCUGGGCAACUACCGAGGGGUGACUCGAUCCUCCACAGCCGCCGGGGCGCCGCUCUGGCACUGGGACCAGGUGUUCGCCUUCUCCAAAGACAGCAUUCAUUCGUCGGUGGUGGAGGUGCUCGUGAGGGACGGCGGCGGGCCCACCACCAAGGACGACUUCAUCGGACGGCUGUCGUUCGACCUCGGCGAGCUACCGCGGCGAGUCCCGCCCGACAGCACGCUGGCCCCGCAGUGGUACCGGAUGGAGGGCAAGGCCGGGGAGCGAGCCAAGGGGGAGUUGAUGGUCUCGGUUUGGUUCGGGACCCAGGCGGACGAGGCCUUCGCGGAGGCUUGGCACUCGCGGGCUGCCGGUGUCCACGGGGACGGCCUGGGUUCUAUCAAGUCCAAGGUAUACGUGGCACCGAAGUUAUGGUACCUCCGCGUGUCCGUCGUUGAGGCACAGGACCUUGUCGUCCCCUGCGCCGUGCCCGGCCGCUUUCCGGAGAUCUUCGCCAAAGGCCAGGUGGGUAGGCAGGUGGUCCGAACCCGGUUUGCUGCCUUACUGCCGAACCGAGCCCCCUCCAACCCAACUUGGAACGAAGACCUCAUGUUCGUGGUGGCUGAGCCGUUUGACGACCUGGUGUUGGUGUCCGUGGAGGACCGGGUGAGUCCCGGCCGCGACGAGGUGCUCGGUCGGGUGGCCGUCCCUCUCUCGGCCAUCGAGCGACGGCUCGAUGACAAGCCGGUGGCCUCUCGGUGGAUCGCGCUCGACCGAGGCCAGGGGUCGAGCCGGUUCGGCAGCCGGGUUCACCUGCGGCUCAGCCUGGACGGCGGGUACCAUGUUCUGGACGAGGCGGCAGCGCACAGCAGCGACCUCCGGUCCACGGCGAGGCAGCUUUGGAUUCCCCGCGUGGGUAUCCUGGAACUGGGCAUCCUUGGCGCGUCCGGCCUGGCGCUGUCAAAGGCCAGCGGUACCGCCGACGCCUUCUGCGUUGCCAAAUACGGUCCCAAGUGGGUCCGGACCCGCACGGUGGUCGAUUCGGUUUGCCCGCAGUGGAACGAACAGUACACCUGGGAGGUGUUCGACCCCUGCACUACCAUCACCAUCGGCGUCUUCGACAAUGGCCGCCUAGGCUGCGGGACUCCCCGCGUGGAUGUUUGCAUCGGGAAAGUCCGGAUCCGCCUCUCAACCCUGGAGACGGAUCGGGUGUACACGCACGCGCACCCCUUGCUGGUGCUGCACCUUUCGGGGGCGCGGAAGGCCGGGGAGCUCCACCUUGCCGUCCGCUUCUCGUGUGCCGAUGCGGCGAGCAUGCUCCACGCCUAUGCCCGUCCGUUGCUUCCCAAAAUGCACUACGUAGAUCCGCUGCUCGUCGGCCAGGUGGAGCGGCUCCGUUUCCAGGCGGUGGAAACGGUGGCGGCUCGGCUGUGCCGGGCAGAGCCGCCGCUGGGCCGGGAGGUCGUGGAGUAUAUGCUGGAUCACGGGUCCCACCUCUGGAGCAUGCGGCGGAGCAAGGCCAACUUCUUCCGGCUUGUCUCGGUGCUAUCUGGACUUGUCGCCGUUGGGCGAUCGAUCGAGCUCCUCCGCAGCUGGCGCCGCCCUGUGCACUCCGUCAUCUUCAUCAUCGCCUAUUUGUUGUUCAUCUUGCUGCCUGAGCUGAUCCUGCCCACCAGUUUCUUGACAAUGGCAGUAAUUGGGUUGUGGCGUUACCGCCUUCGGCCGCGUCACCCACCGCACAUGGACACUCGUCUGUCUUACGCUGAUGCGGCGUAUGUUGAUGAAUUGGAUGAAGAAUUCGAUACGUUCCCCACAAGCAGGGGCCCGGAAGUGGUGAGGAUGCGGUAUGACAGGCUGAGGAGCGUAGGCGGGAGAGUGCAGACGGUGGUGGGGGACAUGGCGACGCAGGGGGAGCGGGUGCAGGCGCUGUUGAGCUGGAGGGAUCCGCGGGCGACGUUCUUGUUCCUGAUGUUUUGCUUGAUGGCGGCGGUGCUGUUCUACGCGGUGCCUAUGAAGGUGCUUGCGGGGGCAUGGGGGUUGUAUGUGCUGCGGCCGCCAAGUUUCAAGAAUCGACUACCCUCGCCACUGAUGUCCUUCUUCAGGAGGUUACCCACCAAAGCUGAUAGUUUGCUCUGAAGAGACAAUUGAAGGAGAAGAUUGACCUUGUUUUUUCUCUUUUUCCCAUUUUGUGAUGGUCGUCGGAUAGAAUCUGAGCUGGGUCUUAGUGUCAGCAGUCUGAGGUCAUGUCUUGACUUUUGGAUGCGAGCUUUGCACCUGUUACGUGGAACGACGCUGUACUGAUUGCUACCGUGCUAUUUUGGGAUACGGCGUUGUAUCGACUCGUUUUAUUAUAUAUAUAUAUAUAUAUAUA